UUCCGGAGCUCCACGUCCCCGCUGAGGCGGUGUUUGAAAGCACCGGGGACGUCGCCGGCGACAUGGCCAAGCAGCUGCAGGCGAACAACAUCCGGAUCAGCGUCCUGGAGGAAGAGAACUCCCGGCUCCGGGCCGCGCGGGGCCGGAUGAAAGAGGCAGCCCAGCAAGGAGCAUUACGGCUCAUCCCGCAGACGCAGCUCUGGCCUCCGUCCUCCCGGAUUGGCUCCAAGGACGGCGCGGUGGGUCCCCCAGGCAGCCCUGCCCUCGCCCGCCAGCCGCCCGCCAGCCAGCGCCCGCCAAAGCCAGCCUCCGCCACGGCGUCGUGCAUCUCCCUGCCGGCCCGCAGAGUCCAGCCGCACUCCGCUCCCGGCUCCAGGAACCGCCGGAAAUAGAACGGCAGGGAGCGGGCCCACCAGCCGCACAGAGCAAGCUGCUUGCCCACGCGCUGCUGGCCGAGCUGGGCUACACCCGGGAAGGGCCAGCAGCCGCCGGGCCUUGCAGCCUGCGUCUCCGCCGGCGGAGGAAAGACCAGCCGGACCUUCCGGAGCAGCAGGAUCUCUCGGCCUCCCCGGAUCCUGCUUGGGAUCGGACAGCACGUACUGCAGAACCUGCAGGGACGUCCCCCCCCGUCCCACAACUGACGGUUUGUGAGACAGCGCACCCCCUACGCCCCUCCUCCAUCUGGGCAACGGCCCGGGUUAGCAGCAGGGGCAAGCCCUUACAAUCCCAGCUCGCGGCCAGUGGAAACGACGGGGCCCCGGCGUCUGGCAGACUUCCCCGCGCCUGCCUAGAGGAUCGUACCGGCCUCGAAAUCCGUUGGCCGCAAAGGUGGGCGAGCACCCGCCCGCCUUAAGAACACACCGUCCCUGCGGCGUAAGCAACAUCUGGCAGCCGGGAACGACUCACAGCAGGAUUCACGAGCCCCGGGCACUUUUCCGCGUCGCUUUCUCGCACGGGACGCCUUCGAAACGGCGGCGGGGAGAGAGAGGGCGGAGGGGAACCCAACCCACGCCGGGAGGAGACCCGGCACAAGGAACCCAACCCACGCCGGGAGAGAGCCGAGCACAAGGAACAGCGACAAUCUUUGCUGUAGGUUUAAUAGCGCCGGCGGCGUUACAGAGCCGGACGGGGCGUCCA